AUGUCGGCGCCUUUCAAGAAAAAACCGACCGGCCUGGCGGCCUUUGCUCGAGCCGGGUCGGAGAGCUCGGUCGUCGUCAAGGCCGCACCGCUUCUGCCGAGCGCUGAAGCGCCAGCCGAGAGGCGAUCGGAAUCGCCUCGUCAUACCGCACAAGAAGCCUCGCGGCUGGAAACUGCCGAUCCCGCGAGGUUCCCCCUCCCGUCUGGCCACAUUGGCACUCCCCGCAAAGCGAACGGCGAGGUGGUCGGUCCAGGCUUGCUCCAACCGGCCCCACGCAUGACCCGAGCCGCUUCCACGUCGCACCGCGGUCCAGCCGGCCCGAGAGACCGCCUGGCCACUAUAUUUUCUGGUUCCCAGCUGGGCGACGAUUUCAUGAAUUCGGCCGUCUCCACCCCCGAUCAUGAACCGGCAGCGGACCAGGGUCGGGACGAGGAAGCUACACCACAUCCACGGGAGGAGCGCAGGCAUGCCAUCCCAACUCGCUACAUGGAUGCGAGGGGCCAACACCCUCCAGUCACCGCCCCUUCUUUUGUACUGGAUGAAAAGCUGCAGAUGACGGUGGUCAACGCCAUCAAAGGCUCGUUUCCCCACCAAAUGACCGACGGCUUUCAAGACGACAUCAUCCCCGCACGCGAGAAGCGUGUCUCAAACUACGCCAACGACGGCAGCCAUGGCCCUUGGAAAGCAGCUACACAGCCACAGUUGCCUUUCCGGCAGGCUAGAAUCAAGAGGCUACCCGGUCCUGGUCCGCGAGUGUCCCGUGAGAAUCCCAAGGUCCGUAGACGGAGCCCAUCCGUCGAGAGCGCCGAAUGGCAAGGGCUGCGCAGGAGAGACGGACCCCCUCCCGAAGCCAAGACCAAUUACGAUGCCAACAACUCGCCGGUCGAGGAACUGGGGCCGGCCAGCGAAUACGGGGAGGCGCCUUCGGCACCUGGCCUGCGAGAUGACGGCCGACGACGAGUCGCCUUGACCUCUGCGCAGACCGGCGAUGCGCGGCACCGGCAGCCCAAGCGGCGCCGAGAAAGCCUCGACUACGAUGACAAUCUGCUCAGCGGCAUGUCGUACCAGGAUCUCCAGGAUGAGCCUUUCGACGACGAUCCUACCGUCGCUCGCGGACGCGGCGGCCCCGAAGCCGCCAUCAAGCUCCCGUUGAAGCUGGAACAGUUUCGACAGCAGAGGGGAGGGGAGCAGACGCAGAUGUUUGCGGCCAUGUCCAUGGAGGAUUGGGAAGCCUCCGGCGACUGGUUCGUCGAUCAGUUUGCCGACAUGAUGAAGAAGCUCCGAGAGGCACGGCGCAGCAAGCGUCUUCUGGUCCGCGCCUUCGAGGACGAGGCCGCGCGGCGCGAGGAAGCGGUGCGUCAUCGCUCGCAAACCAUCGAUAGGAAGCUGGCCAGGAUGAGGCAAGACGGACUGCGUGUCGUUGAAGACAAGAACGCGUAA